CUCAUCGUCACCAUCAUCCUUCCCACAAUCCCAACGUCGCUCGCGCGCACGCACCCACCCACCCACCACUCGCUCACUCACUCACUCCCCGACAUUCACCACCCACCUGUUCACUCCUCUACUCACUCGCUCACAAACUCGCUUGCCCACACGUUUACCCACCCAUCGACUCACUCGCCCAUUCACGAAUCCACGCACCCAACCACUCAUUUACCGACUCACCCACUCACCCACAACUCACUCGCUCUCACUCGCUCACCCACCGACUCACUCGUUCACCCAUCCAUCCCCCGGCUCCGCCACAAGGUUUGGUUCCAGAACCGGCGCGCCAAGUGGCGCAAGACGGAGCGGGGCAGCGGAGACACUGACGGGGACCGGGAGAGCCCUGGGGGAGAGGCGGCGGGGGCAGCGGGGGCAGCGGCGUCCAAGGCUCGAGCCUCCAGCCCCGAGCCCCCGCGGCAUCGCAGGGAGGCGACGCCCAGCCAGCCCAGCGGGGGUCGCUCGAGCGUGGGGCCGCCUCCGUUCCCGCCGCCCGCGUGCUUCCCGGCGAUGCUGGCGCUCAGCACGGCCUCGUACGCGCGCGCCCUCACGCAGCCAGGCCCCCCGGCCGGCAAAGAACCCAGCGGAGAUACGACCGCGUCCGCGCGCGUGAGCCCUUUUACAGCAGCAGCUCCUCCUCCUCUCCCCAUGCUUCCCCCGCGCUCGCGAGCAGGAGGCGGUGUCUUCUGCCCGUGCUGCGUGGCCGACCCUUUGGCUGGACCGCUGCCCCCGAUGCUGCCCUACGGCUGCCCGGCCCCGCAGCGCAACGCCAGCGUCGCUGCUCUUCGCCUGCGCGCCCGGGAGCACGCGGCUGCCCUCCUGCAGCACACUGCCCGCCUGAUGCCCUCGGCUGACCCCGCUCACUCGGCCGGAGCGCACGUGUCGAUGCUCCGCGCACAGAGCCUCGGGCUCAACUUAAACCUGAACCUGGGCUCUUCGUUUGGUCUCCCUCCUCCUCCUCCUCGGCACGCACCUCCUGCCACCUCCGCAGCAGCAGCUGCAGUAGCAGCAGCAGCAGUGUCGUUAUCGUCAUCAUCAUCAACAACAACAUCAUCAUCGCCGCCACCAGGACUCGCAGAUUCUGGAGUUCACCUGUCCUCCACGCGUAAUCAUGUGGGCAGCGGUGAAGGUAGCGCCCAGAUGCAGCAGCACAUGCAACAGCAGAUGCAGCAGCACAUGCAGCAAACUGCCCUGCUAUUGCGACAGCCUCUGAAGCCGCCAGCUCUCCGCAGCAUCCUGCACCCAAUGGCCCCAUCGGGCAUCCACCAGCAGCUGGCGUCUGGCAGCAUCGGCAGCGGCAUUGCUGGAUUGAUGGAUCCAAACUGUACUGCGACGCUGGUGACGGCAGUGGCCUCCUCUGAUGGUCCAGCUCCUGGUGAGAACGCAAGGAGCUUGCAAGCCAGAGACAGCAGCAGCAGCAGCGGCAGCGGUAGCGAUCAUGAACUGUGAUCUUACAUCAAGCUUCGUCCAUUGAGAGCACAUUAAAAAAAAAUUUAAAUGAAAAAUAAUAUUUGCCCAACUCUGGACACAUCUGACCGGGGGGUGGGGGGCUGAUGAUUGCUGUCUCUAUGUCGCUAUGUUUCACGUGUCUACGUGCGUCUCUCUCCGUUUCACUGUCUGUCGCUGUAUAUUCCGCUGGUGUGUCUUUCUCGGUUGCUCUGUCUGUCUCUCUACGAGUCUCUACGAUUGUAAUAUUCCACGCCAAUCUGUGUUGCUUGUGGCUAUCUCUCUGUCUCCGUAUAUCUGUGUCUCUCUGCGUUUGUCUCUCCGAAAUGUCUUAUCUCUCACUCACCGUCUGAGAUCUAUUUGUUGGCACCCCCACGUACAAUGUCAGUGCCCCUCACCCCCUCUACAGCUUUGCGCUCUGGACGGCUGCCCUGAUCGCCCGCCCCCCCCCCCUCCUUAACUCCGCACUCCACUGCAGGUGUCGAUCAACGUCCUACGGGUCCCGUCGCGUUCCACCAGGAUCGGGGGUGGGUGCGGCGAGCAUCGAUGCCGCCCAUUGUAAUCAUCAAUCUCCUUCGCUUUUUGGGAUUUUGUUGUGCAGGUGACGGAAUAUGUCUCCACUGUCGUUUGUCUUUUUUGAUCGGAAUAUCUGGGUGCUGUUGUUUAUUGAUCCUGAAGAGGGUAACAGUUUUGUUUUGUUUGCCCCGUCGUGAAUUCAUUCGCAACGCAGUUCACAAGAGAGUCGCCGUGGUCUCCAGGCGUUUGGAAAAUGCGCGCCCAAAGCAAAUGUAAACACGACCCUACCGCCACUGAACGCGUUGCACUCUCAACCCGCACGACAAAUGUCGAGGUCGUUUAUUCAAAUGUCCGCCAGGAGAGCGACCUCACCCGCGGAGAUGUUAACUCGCGCAUCUUCAUCGCGGAUAAUAGAGUCGAUGUGCCGCCACGAACAAGUAUGGCUCCUUCUAAUCGGCGAGGUCGCAGAUAAUCGGGGGUGACAGGGGGCGGAGGGGGGGAUGUAGUAAAUAGAUUCUGGCUGCAGCAGACAAGAACGCGAACGUUUGCACGCACAGGCUAGACCCCGCUUAGCGCUCGAGAUGCGUUCAGUGCGAGCGCUGGUAACGAAACGGGCAUUCUAGGAGGGGUUCGCGCUAAGCGAGGCUCUGCCUGUAUAUUCCUCUCGCCGAUUGGAGGAGCGGCGCCGGAGUGAGCAGGCAAGGUUGUUGUUGUUUUUGUUGUUGUUGUUGUUUUUGUUAUUUGUUUGCAACCUGCUGCUUCUGACGUGCACGAGACCCCUUACUGGACUCACAUUAUUUGGCGGCGAUGCUGCUGCUGCUUUAGCAGUGGUGCACCGAGAACAACUUUACAAUCAACUCGACACAUUCGAUAACACGCAUUGCCUUAAAUGGGGGGAAAUGGGUGUAUAAUAGGCGACGUUUCAUACCACGGCCCCUCUUCAUAGCAAAAUACGGCAAGUACUACAAAGAAGGGGCCAUUCGUGUAUGUGCUAUGAACAAGGGCCAUGGCUAAACACGCCGCCUAAUAUACAGGGUGCUUCAAAUGUGUUUUAACACUUCUGAGAAUUUGCAACAAUGCCACAAGACACGUGCCUCCGGGCUCUGGAGACGGGCUGGAGAAGAUUCCAGGCAUGAGUUGACAACGAUGGCGAACGAGUGGAGACUUUAGGAAGCUAUUAACAUAUAUUUGUUAUCAUGCUACAGUGUAUUAUCCAUUCUUUUACCAUUAAAAUCGCGAUAGUCCCGUGUAAGUGUUAACAUUUUUUUGAAGCAGCCUGUAUAUUGUUACGGCGGUGUUAUUGACGAAUGCGUUGGGUUUCUUUGUCACUUGAAUCGGCGUAAAAUAAAAAGGCACGCGAUGUGUGGGACCCACGUUGGUUGUUGGUAAUCGUUGCCAGCAACUGAUACAACUUAAACUAUUUAACUAUGUUUUUUGCCAGGUAAGGCCCACUGAGCUAUCUAUACAGCUCUUUUUUUCAGAAGCGAUCUGGCCACAAAUGAUAGCUCAACGAAGUGGCUUAUCGUCGCGUGGAAGUGUAUC